AUGAGGAAAGCAGACAAGAACAAGGACAACAUGAUGAAUCUGAAGGAGCUGAAACAUUUCCUCCGCCAGAUAAACAUCGAGGUGGACGAGACCUACGCUAAUAUGCUGUUUGCCGUGAGUGGAUAUCUGUUGGUCAUUGACUUACAAUGAGGUUGUUAAUGAUUUACAAUGAGGUUGUUAAUGACUUACAAAUAUGUAAUGAAUAACUUACAUUGAGGUUGUUAAUGAAUAACACUGAGGUCGUUAAUGACUUACGCAGGGUUGUUAAUGAUUUACAAUGAGGUUAUCAAUGGCUUACAGCAAGGUUUUUAAUGACUUACGAGGUCGUGAAUGACUUACAAUGAGGUCGUAAAUGACUUACAAUGAGGUCGUGAAUGACUUACAAUGAGGUCGUGAAUGACUUACAAUGAGGUUGUUAAUGACUUACAAUGAGGUCGUGAAUGACUUACAAUGAGGUCGUGAAUGACUUACAAUGAGGUCGUGAAUGACUUACAAUGAGGUUGUUAAUGACUUACAAUGAGGUCGUGAAUGACUUACAAUGAGGUCGUGAAUGACUUACAAUGAGGUUGCUAAUGACUUACAAGGAUGUUGUGAUAGAAGCUUACACCUGUACAUACAUGAUAGCUCUUAAUGCAGGUCUGUUAUGUUCCUGAAUGCAUAUCAGUUUCAUUUAAGAUUCCACCAGGUCUCAAAGCAUUUUCUGUAGUCUGAGGAGGAAGUCAACGUAUGUUGUUAGUAAAGUACUGUUUUGUAAAUGAUCUUGUCCUGUAGAAAUGUGACACGUCAAACUCGGGCACCCUGGAGGGUGCUGAGAUCAAACAGUUCUAUGACCUGUUGACGCACCGGGAGGAGAUCGAUGUGAUCUACAGGAAGUACGCCUCCACGGGGGGGCAGAUGAGCAUCAAGGAUCUGCUCAACUUCCUGCUGAACGAGCAGCGUGAGUCGGCCACCUUGGAGGACGCUGUCAGACUCAUAGAGAAAUACGAGCUGGACGACUCGGGUGAGAGAUGCUCUGUUUUUUUCAAUUUUACCCUUAUUGUACCAGCUAAGUUGACUGAGAACACAUUCUCAUUUACAGCAACAACCUGGGAAUAGUUACAGGGGAGAGAGGGGGGAUGAAUGUGCCAAUUGGAAGCUGGGGAUGAUUAGAUACUCUGGCACUGACUCAAUAUGAGCUGGAUGACUCAGGUGAGAGAUGCUCUAGUACUGACUCAAUAUGAGCUGGAUGACUCAGGUAAGAUAUGCUCUAGUACUGAGUCAAUAUGAGCUGGAUGACUCAGGUGAGAGAUGCUCUAGUACUGACUCAAUAUGAGCUGGAUGACUCAGGUGAGAGAUGCUCUGGCACUGACUCAAUAUGAGCUGGAUGACUCAGGUGAGAGAUGCUCUGGCACUGACUCAAUAUGAGCUGGAUGACUCAGGUGAGGACAGAUGUUCUAGUACUGACUCAAUAUGAGCUGGAUGACUCAGGUGAGGAGAGAUGCUGUGGUACUGACUCAAUAUGAGCUGGAUGACUCAGGUGAGGAGAGAUGCUGUGGUACUGACUCAAUAUGAGCUGGAUGACUCAGGUGAGAGAUGCUCUAGUACUGACUCAAUAUGAGCUGGAUGACUCAGGUGAGAGAUGCUCUGGCACUGACUCAAUAUGAGCUGGAUGACUCAGGUGAGAGAUGUUCUAGUACUGACUCCAUAUGAGCUGGAUGACUCAGGUGAGGAGAGAUGCUCUGGUACUGACUCAAUAUGAGCUGGAUGACUCAGGUGAGAUAUGCUCUAGUACUGACUCAAUAUGAGCUGGAUGACUCAGGUGAGAGAUGCUCAGUUCACACAAACAUGAAGUCACUGUAUCAGGAAGCAUAUCCUUCAGGAUGCAGUAUUGGAUGAUGCCGUUUAAUGGUGUUCUAGGAAUGGGCUAAAAUAGUCUAACUUUUUAUAUUUCUGUAGCACUUUUCCUUUAUAAGCUAAAUGAUAUAUAUCUGGGAGACCCAUUCCACAAGGCCAGUCUAUCCCCAAUCCCCUAAUUCAUUCUGUCCCCUUGUGUAACGCGUCGUUGUCCCCCCCCCCACCCGCCUUCUGUUCUACAGCAAAGCAAAUUAAUCACAUGACCAAAGAUGGCUUCCUGAUGUACCUGCAGCAGGAGGAGGGGUCUAUCUUCAACCCCGCCCACAAGGAGGUGUUCCAGGAUAUGAGCCAGCCAAUCAACCACUACUUUAUCAGCUCCUCCCACAACACCUACCUGAUGGAAGACCAGCUCAAAGGCCCCAGCAGCACAGAGGCCUAUAUCAAGUAA